AUGAAUUAGCAAUUAUAAGGAAUUCCAGAAACCAUUGAUUUGAAACUAGAAUUCUUUAAUGAACGCAAACAAUAAGAACUACAUAAAAGAGCCAGAAUGCUAAGAUUCACACAGUUAAAAACUAAAGGUUAUACCUUUGGUUUGGGUAGAUAUCCAUUGGAGAGGUAAUUAGAAACUCCAGGGCCUGGUCACUAUUCUACCCAAUAACCAGAAACUCUGAUCAGUUACAGUAUGGGAGUGAGACUAAAUUAAAAAGGUAUUUAUGAUAAAAUUUUGGUUCCGCCUUUGGGUACGUAUGAAAUUAAAGGAUUAGAUAAAUAUGGUUACUAUUCCAAUUCGAAAUUUAAAAAUGCUUGCGCAGCUCUCUUUAGUCCCCUGAAAAACAGUAGUGCUAAAUAAUCAAUUGCAUCUCCUGGUCCUGGUGAUUAUGAAUUGCCAGGUAGUAUUAAUUCAAAAGGGAAGCAUUUCGUUUCUAAUUUUAAAACGAAUUAAGGUUGGGCACUUGGCAAAAAGUCACUCUUUCAAAGAAAACCUUAUUAUUGA